AUGGAUGAGCAGAAGCUUUGGAAAAACCUUGACAAUAUUCAAAAUGCAACAUUGGGAUUUGAAAAGGCUUUCGCAAUCAACCUUGCAAGCCGGACAGAUAAGCGCGACAACAUCGUUCUUGGCUCAUCGGUGACCGGCUUUGUGGUUGAUAUCGUCGAUGGAGUAGACCCGGAGGAGACGAAUCCCAAGUCGUAUCCAUAUAACUGGAACUAUGACCAUUCAAAGUCAGAAUAUGCGUGUCGGCGGGCGCAUGUGAAUGUGGCGGAAAGAAUUGUCGAAAAGCGACUGAGUAGCGCCCUCAUUCUCGAGGAUGACGUUGAUUGGGAUAUAUCAAUUAAAGCUCAGCUGCAGAAUCUCGCUCUUGCAACAAGGGCCCUUCAAGGCACCGCUCCAGGUUCCAUUUCGUCUCCAUACGGGCAUGACUGGGACCUUCUGUGGCUGGGACAUUGUGGCAUGUCAUGUAAAGUGAAAGAACCAUAUUACUUGACUCCGCACGAUCCGACCGUCGUCAUGCCUGACCAUCUGCCCGUGUACUUCUUUGGAGUACCAGAAUAUGAUAGAGCAGAUGACAGUCGGCUCACAUGUACCGUCUCCGAUUCUACCUGCAUGACCGCAUACGCGUUAAGCUAUAAGGGUGCCCAGAAGAUCCUCGCCGCCCUUUCAGUCAAUCCGUCCGGCAUUGCUGAUGAGGUCGAUACUGGGGAUCAGAUCGACCUUGUCCUUGGUCGCAUGUGCAAGGCUGGAACUCUCCGAUGCUUCGCACCAUUCCCCUCCUUGAUAGGUAGAUAUCAGUCUGCAGGAAUGUCCUCAAAAGGGACUGAUCAAUUAGGCAAAGAGGCAGAUUCUCACAUGGUCCCUGCCAGUAGCGUUGGGAUUGUUUAUAGCACAAUGCUUAAUAUUAAGCGUAUUCUGAAAGGUCUGCGUACCGUUCAUGCGACAUGGCCUGACGUGAAGACACAGGAUAUUCUUCCAGAGGAUAUUCACAUUGACCAAGGGGAAUUACACGCACCGGUCGCUCCCUCAGAGCCUAAUUCCACCCCUGAGAAGGUCAAAAAGCCGGAGCUGACAUCAAUCGAGGGGCUAGAACCGGUCGACGAGCCGGAAUUUGCAGUGGCACCUAUGCCUUAUGAAACGCCUGCUUCCAAUUCAUAA